UGCCCGUUGACCUCGAAUUGUCUCACUUUAUCGACGGAUCAGUCGGAGGAAAUAGCUUGGUCGGGAAGUUUCACUACCUCAGCUAAUACCACUACCAACAUCCUAUCAAUGCUGUAUGUGUAGUUGUCUUUUUAAGUGAUCAGACAAGUUGGCCAGUUUGUGUUGAUUUGUUUGGAUAUUUAGCUAUCGAAUUCGAACUGGAUUACAUUCUUAGGAUACCGAUGAGCCUCGGAGUGAUCAUCAAGAUGAAAUAGCGUAUAAUUCGAGCUUUCUGGCAUCCUCAUCAACUCUAAACUCUCAUUCAAUGCGCCACAUCACCCGCGGGAAAACAGGUACCGAUUUGCAAACGUGUGCUGGUGGAAGUUGGAACGCUGGAGUCGCGAAGUAGGAGGACCGGCAAGAGACAAGACCCUUUUGUCAGAAUCUACCCAACCAUGGCACGGAAGGCAAAGUCUCAAGCUCUGACACUUCUGCUCAUUGUCCCUCUGCUGUCCUUGGCGGGAGUCAUGUUGUACAUGUCCAAGUGCAGUCCUGGCCCUCCACCGGAGUGUCCUCAGGUGGACAACAGCCGUGUCUCCAACGAAGGGAUAAAGUCGGUCAAACGUGACUACUCUGCGUUCCUAGUCGUUCUGAUAAUGUCAGGACCUCAACUGGAUGCUCGGAGAUACACCAUCCGAGAGACCUGGAUGACAAAGAGGACAAAAGACAUCAUCAUCAAGUUUGUGAUUGGGACACAUGGGUUGUCCGGUGAGGAGAAGAAGCAGUUGGAGAAAGAAAGCGGUCUGCAUCAUGACCUCCUGCUCUUGGCAUCCGUCCAUGAGAACCUGAAGUCUAACACCCAGAAGCUCAUAGAUUCCUUUGUAUGGGUUGACAGGCAUGUGGACACCAAGUUUGUUUUGAAGGUCGAUGAUGACUCCAUAGUCAGGUUGGACGCUCUGUCCCGGGAGCUUCGCAGCAAGAACCAAGAGAAGCUCUACUGGGGAUUCUUUGAUGGACGCCAGCAUGCGCAUACCCGCGGAAAAUACGCCGAGAACGAUUGGCUCCUCUGCGAUCAUUACCUCCCAUUUGCCAUAGGCGGUGGAUAUGUCUUAUCCAGCGACCUUAUCCAUUAUGUUGCCAUCAAUGCCAAGAUGCUUAAAAAGUACAAUGCAGAAGACAUAUCUCUUGGUUCUUGGCUAGCUGCAGUUGACGUCAACCGAGAGCACGAUCCCCGUUUUGAUACAGAGUAUAAAUCAAGAGGUUGCCGCAACGUUUACCUCAUCUCUCAUAAACAGACUGCCCAGGAUCUUAAAGAAAAAUGGAGCCAUUUGCAGAAAACUGGGAAAAUGUGUGAAAAGGAAGAACAGCUACGGCAAUCAUACGUUUACAACUGGAAUAAACCACCCUCGGAAUGCUGUGAAAGGGUGCAAGGUGUUCCUUGAGUGACAUUAAGAAUCAUAACAAAGGUUAAAAACAAUUGAAAUCAAAAGAAAUUGGACAUCAGGUUCUAGAAUUCCUGAAUUUGGUGAUUCAUCUGGAUAAACUUGAGAUGAUCAUUUAUAGUGAAAAUCUAAUUCUGAAUUUUAAAAUUGUUAAUUUUUAAAAAUCUGGAAAAGUUAAUUGUCAAAAUAGGUACAUGGAAGUGAUGUCACCAACCACAUAGGAACCAGGGUGUUUUAGAUUGUGAAAUUAUCUUUCAUUUAAUAAUUAGGAUCAUGUCAUUCUCAACUUCCUUGUUCUGCAAUCUACAUUUAUUGUAUGCACACAUAUAGGCCUGAGACCCCCAGGAAACAGGAUUAGUGUUGAGCACUGGGCCUUCUGAUAAGAUAGAUUAUUAGUGUUCAUUCUUUUUUUUAUCUUGCUGUCAGCAGGAUUACACAUUGGUUUUCCCUAUUCCCUAUUGCUUUCUUUCAUUAAUUGGAGGAUAGAAAUGGAAUAAACACCAAGUGCAGUGUCUGCUGAGAGAGGCAGCCAAAAAGUAACUCUAACUUUAGAGUAGGUGGCUAACUUUCUUUGAUGAUAUUGAUAAUGAUGUUAUUAAAGAGGAUGCCAUGAUCCAAAACAUGCUUUUCGAUUCAAGGUGUUUGCGAUGGUACUGCCAAGGUUGCAUCAGUGAAUUAGCCAAUGUACUUUUGGAAAAUCCUUGCAAUCACUGACACACUAUUGGGUGUUCCUGCAUCUCAAGACAUUGGCAGAUAACUGAUCACACAAAGAAUUUCUUUUGGUACUGCCAAACUCCUGAAAGUUCCUUAAAUUGCCUAGUUCCUUAAAAUCUUGCCUAUUCCAUGCUUGCCUACUUUAUUAAGAAAUAUGCAACAAUUAUGUCAUCCAGUGCCAAAAUAUUUUGAAUUCUGUCCAUGUACGUGUAUGUUUUUUUCCAAAAGUGCUGAUGAUACCCAAAGAUAUUCUUUGGUAAUGUAUUUGUGUAUUAUGUGUACUUGUGAAUAGUGAACUACUUUAAUUUUUUUUUUUUUGUGUAUUAAUGAUUGGCCUUCUCAGCCUUAUUCUCGAGCAAAAUAUUAUUUUAGAUAAAAGAAGAACUUUGUAAAGGCAGGAGGCUAAUGAAUUUGCGAUUUGGGUCAAUUAUCUGUAGGGUUAUUUUGAUGGUCACAACAUAUCCCAGAGAUCUUGUUAGACAUAUUCCUAGGGUGUUAUUUUCCACUGUUUCUUCUUGGUUUGUUAUGUCCAAGAUGCCUCACUUAAUGUAUUGAAUUAUUAUUGAUGAAUUUAACAAUCAAUGAAUUGUGUGUAUCACAGUUUUUUUUCCUUUCAUAAUUAGCAAGCAAAGCAGUGGUGGUUUAUGUUUAUCAUAUAACAAUACUGCGAUGUUGGGUCUCUUUUUUUUCCUCAACUUUUUAAAGACGAUUUUGAAAGUAUGAAUUUUUCUUGUACAGCACUUUUACAGCAUUUAGGAAUACUCCUAAAUGUGUCUGUAAAAUUUCUCUCAUCCUACUGACUACAUUAUUGUGAAGCUAUGUUCUUGGAAGUCUUAAACAUAUGUUAAAUCAACAAAUUUAAUUUGCCAUUGAUUUUCUCCCUCUUAUUGUUUGUUGUGCUACUUUUGUUGUGAUAUGUUCACUAAUAUUUUGUGUGAAUAUAAAUUGACGGUG